AUGCAGGCCGACCAGUUCACCCACAUUGUCGUUGGCGCCGGUUCGGCGGGCUGCAUUGUGGCCCGUCGGGUGGCCCAGAAUCGGGCCUUUAACGUCCUGCUGAUCGAAGCCGGGCCCGACGUUGACACUUCUCCAGCCAAUGCUUCCUCCAUACCCCUUGGUGUGCAUGAUGCCCGCCGGGUCCCCAUGGCAGGUCAAUCCGCGAUCUUUGACCCCAAGAUCGACUGGAAUCUUGAAGUCGACGUGCCUGGCGGAGGGCGGAUGAUUGUCCCCCAGGGAAAGGUUAUGGGCGGAGGGAGCAGUAUCAAUGGAGGCACUUUUUUGCGACAGACAGAAGCCGAUGCACGUGAGUGGGUUGCGUUGGGAAAUGAUGGCUGGGAUUUCGAGAGUUCAGUCUCUGUAUACGAAAGACUUGAAGGCGACCCCCUUCGAGGCACACGCGGACCGCAUCCCAUUGCACGAGCGAGUAUGGACGAAGCAGGCAAGAUUCAGGCUGCCUUCGUCGACGGUGCUAUAUCUUGCGGUUUCCAACUUACCCCGGAUGUCAAGGCCACGGGGGCGGAGGGUGUCGGUCCGGCGCCCGUCUGUCGCCGCGGCUCCACUCGGGUUAGUGCAGCGGACACUUUUAUCGGCCCGGCCCGACGCUUCCCCAAUCUUACUAUCUUGACCGAUUCGCUUGUGGAUCGAGUGCUCUUCAAGGAUCAGGACCACAAGGCCGAGACGGUGGUGCUUGCCAACGGCCGCAAGAUACACGCAACCCACGAAAUCAUCCUUUGUGCGGGCGCAGUAUUUUCGCCAGCUAUCUUGCAACGCUCGGGUAUCGGUCCUAGGGAGCUACUUCAACGACAUGAAAUCAAGCCUGUGGUUGAGCUGCCGGUGGGAAUGAAUCUCAGCGACCAUCCAUGUAUCCCACUGGUCGCGCGGCCACGACCCGGUGCUUACACGGACACGGAUUAUUCCUUGCAGAUGCAAGCGCGAUGGUCGUCGUCGCUGAAUCCCGGUGCGGUCGACUUGCAGAUGGGGGGCACAGAGACCGGUCAUGUUGCGGGAAUAGGAUGUAACAUCAAUAAGCCCACUUCGCUCGGCAUGGUGGAGAUCCGCUCCAAGGACCCGAACCAAAUGCCGCGAGUACGUCCUAAUUAUCUGAGCACCCCGCGCGACCGAGCCCUGGCGCGAGAAGUGGUGCGCACUGCGUACGCCGUGCUCACGUCGCCCGCCAUGCAAGCCGUACUCACAGCUCCGUUGGGUAUCACUUCGCAAACUGUCGCCGACGACGUGAUGUUGGAUGAUUAUAUACAAGCUCAAUAUUCGACGACUUACCAUUUCUGCGGUUCAUGCCGAAUGGCUGAUCGCGAGAAAGGCGGCGUUGUGGAUCAGAGCGGGCGGGUGUAUGGCGUGAAAGGGCUGAGGGUGGCAGAUGCGAGCGUGCUACCGACUGUACCGGCGGCAAAUACGAUGGCGAGUUGCAUGCUGGUAGGGGAGAUGGUGGGAAAGAGCGUCUGUGAUGGUCGAAGUGUUCAGAAGGCAGUCAGAUCUCACAUGUAG